GAAAAUUUGUUUACGUCUAUCGACGAAAUCGGUUACUUUACGUUCUCCAACAACAGCGACGUCGUUCCACCGAGCGAGGCGCGUCCAAACGGUACCAACUUGAAACACGUUUACAACGAUCACGUGAAUACCGACAUGUCGUACGACGAAUUUUGUGCGUUGUGCCGCGAUUGUUGGCAAUAAAAAUAUGGAUUCGUAGUGAUAGACAAAGACAGUGCGCUCACAAAUGGACGAUACAGAAAAGGAUUUAACGAGUUCGCGAUACCAUAACGUAACCAGUCGUUGUCGAUACUUUGCCAGAGACAAACAUGGCUGAUGUGCGCGAGCGUGAAAAAAUCGCGAGGGAGAUCGAGAAGACGAGCGAGUCGAUCCGCAAGAAACAUCACGCUCUGAAGACCAGUAGAAUCGAGGAGGGCAUCGCGUUGGACAGACAUUUUAAACCUCUUAUCGAGUCGCUGCGACUUUUCGUCGAUAACCCCGGCGGGCGUGCGACAAAGAGAGAGUCGCGCGACGAAGAUGCCGCGUCUACCCCUAAACGUGAGAGGAAGGAGGAGGAACAAGAGGAGGGAGAAAAAGCGAGCGAAACGUUCGAGCGUUCCGCGACUCUGCGUAAAUCCGAUGAUCGGUCGCACGAACCGAUAACCUCCACCCCGCGUGCCAAAAUCGUACCAACGAUAGAGUCGUUGGAAAACGUUUUCGAAACGACGGAAGACUCGCUAGCGACGAAGAUUCAAAAUCAGCUGCAAACGUCGAAAGCUCGAGAGGUGUUAUGAGCCAGCUUGGGCGCGCUGGAUCAAAAGUACGUCGAGGCUGUCCUGAAGGGAGCGCAAGAUAAAGAGAGCGGUAUAGAUCACGUGUACGGCGUUUACCUACACAAGGAUGGAUUGAUGUAGGGCAAUAAAUGUUUCGACGUAGAUGACGCGGACAACAUAAUUAUCGACGGCGUACGAUACGUCGGUACACUCGGUCUUUACGAGUUGAUUUUCAAGAGAAUUUCCGACGAUGCCCUCUACACGGAAGACGAUAUGCACAAAUACAAGAGCAUGCUGUUGGUGACGAACGCGCACAAGCACAAACAUCAUUCGCAGAGUCGAUUAUUAAGCAACAGAGGAUAGUACUAACAGUACUAACACGUAAUCGCGCCAUUGAUGUCGAUUACACCCAAGAAGUAGAAGAAGAAAUUUGGAAAGGGAUUAUCUCACGCAAUGACACUGAACGACAACGCGAUCGAUUACGUGCACUGGGAUGAUUCCAAUGAGCUGGUGGAUCGUCUACGAUUACUCGACGCUUCGCACCGAGCGGGCAACAACGCUCACGACAACGAGAUGCUGUCGAUCAUCGAGGAACUUCGUGAAGCAGGUCUUAUUAUAAAUUAAAUCGCGUAUCAAUGAAACGAGUCAGUCGAGUGACGUCAGCGAGAAAAAAUACAUUUUUUUUCUUGUAUCCUGUGUAUUACGCACGAAUCAUGAAAAAGAGAUCCGACAAAAAGAAAAAAGUUAGCUCCGAGAGACGUCGGCUCAUCGACGAAUUGCACGCUCCGGCGAGAAGAAAUUUUCCGCGAAGGCGCGUCAUAGUCCGGGGAUACGACGAUCUGUGGCAGGCUGAUAUCGUUGAGAUGCGCUCGUACUCGAGCUUCAACAGAGGCCACCACUACAUACUCACCGUUAUCGAUUAAAUUGUUGUGGUCCGCAAAAGCAACCAAAGGAAUGGGCAAAGACAUGGCGUGAUUGGAAGUCCAACUUACUAAAAAGAGUAGCCACAUACAAAAGUUAUGCAGCAGGAACUGGAGGAGGACAACCAAAAAUUUUGGAUACAAGCCCAGCUGAAGAUGACUUACUUGAAUUUUUAACACCCGAGGCCAGUGGAAUGUCUAAUAUUCCCGAAGGAGGUGCUAUUAGCGAUGUUACUGAUCUGACCAUUGAAAGAGUUUUGACACCGCAGAAAUGGCAGAAUCCUUCUACUUUGCAUCUACCGAUUUGUACUGAUCUGACCGCUGAAAGAGUUUCGUCGCAAAAACUGGAAAAUCCUUCUACUUUGCAAAUCACGAAGUUUUCGAUCUCUCCAAAUUUGCAUACUGAGAAGAUUAUCAGACAGGCGACUUCGUGCUUUCAAGGACUUGAAGAACAUUCCUUCCACAGCGACGUAACAAACAAUGAUACAGAGAAUUUUCCAAUAAGUAUAUCCUCUAAUGUACUUCGUUCAAUAGAAAAUGAACAAGAACAGAUUCCAAAACAAGUACAUUGCAUCAAGUCUAGUCCAAUCUCAAUCAAAAAUAUCAAGAGACAUUCUGAUGAUGCAGAUACCUCUAACAAAAAAAUAAAGCAAAACGUAAAACAUUUAUUCGAACAACAUACACCAGACUACUGCAAUCUUCAGGAACGAAUGUUGCAAUUAAAACAGGAAAAGUUAGCCAUACUAAAAGAAAGGUUAGAAUUGAAAAAAAAAGAUCACGAAGAUCAUACCAGGUUUUUUAAAUCAUUUCUUGAAAAGAUGGAUGAACUAAUGAACAUUGUUCGAUCAAUCGGUCCGCAAUAUUUGGAAGACUGAAGAGAAAGAGUUGUCUUUUUAUUAUAAACAUUAUUUACAUAAGUUCGCAAUAUUUAGAAGACUGAAAAGGAAGUUAUUU